AUGGACACAACUCAAAAACGAAAUUUAUAAAAUGAGUAUGCUAAGAUGAAAAAAGUUUAUGGACGAAUGGUCUGAAAAAAUGCUUUAGCAUACUUAGAGUAAUGCAAGAUAUAUACUGAGGAAAUUUAUUCAGGAAAUUUGAACAUGUUUGAUGAUGGACACAAUUAGACUCAGGAAGAGUUGUUGAUUCUGGAAAAUCUCGUUAAAAGUAAUGAUAUUAAAAUAAGAUAUAUAUUGCAGAAAACUAAGGGAGACAUAUAACAUAAACUUACAAUAAUUUAUUCAUAGCUAGAAAACUUUAUAUGGAGAAUCUGUAAUCAAGAGUUUAUAAAUUAUUUAAAUAGCAAGUGA